UGUGUGUGUGUGUGUCUGUGUGUGUGUCCUUGUAUUGCAAGGGAGCCAAGUAGAGAACUAAUUUGAAAAUGUGUAGGAUUUUUGGAUCCCUGCAUUCCAAGCGCUAGCCACAUUUUUGUCCCUGUGCCCUAAUGGUGCGGGUCCUUGUCGUGGAUGCUGUGGGAAAGCCAUGCCUUUCACAGUUAAUCCCAGCCAAGAGAUAGAGGAUGCUCAGCGGAUAAAAGGCUUGCAGUCCCAGCUGGGGAAAGAGUUCCAUUAUUUCCCAGCUGCAUAGGACAUUCUGCACGGCUCGGUUUUGCCUGGAUGAGCAGUGUGGCUUUCCGAGAGCUUGUAGCAGUUUGGCAGAAAACUGCGAAAGAUCCUGAGACGUUUGGCUGCUAAGAUCUGCUAUAAAGUAGUGACAGGAAGAUCUACAUAGUUUCUCUGAUGAUUGGAUGGGAAGAAUUUCUGACCUUGGAACGUGGAGAUGAUGUUGCUAUGGAAACUCGUAUUUCUGCUACUACUUCUGAGCUGCUUUGCAGAUGAAGAAACUUCGCAUGGACCUAUUUUUAUUCAAGAGCCAUUUGAUGUCAUUUACUCAGUGAGUUCUGAAGAUCCAGAAGUAAUUUUGAACUGUACAGCUAAAGGACAUCCUUUGCCAAUCUACAGGUGGAAGCAAAAUGGCACAGAUAUUGAUCUCACCAUGAGUUAUCACUACAGGCUGCUUGGAGGCAGCUUGGCAAUCAAUAACCCACAUAAAAAACAGGAUAUUGGAACAUACCAGUGUUUGGUCACAAAUUCGUUUGGAACAAUUCUGAGCAGGAAAGCAAAACUCCAGUUUGCAUAUCUUGAAAACUUUGAAACCAAAGCAAGAAGCACUGUAUCAGUCAGAGAAGGACAAGGAGUCGUUCUGCUCUGUGGACCCCCACCACACUAUGGAGAUUUAUCCUAUGCUUGGAUUUUCAAUGAUAAUCCCUUAUAUGUUCAGGAGGACAGUCGUCGAUUUGUAUCUCAAGAGACAGGAAAUCUAUACAUCGCCAAAGUGGAACCUUCUGAUGUGGGCAACUACACAUGUGUUGUAACCAACACAGAAGCCAAACAAAGUGUGCAGGGCCCACCCACACCCCUUGUACUCCGUAGUGAUGGUGUGAUGGGGGAGUACGAACCAAAGAUUGAAGUGCGUUUUCCAGAAACAACACUGGCAGCAAAAGGCUCAUCCGUUAAACUGGAAUGCUUUGCCCUUGGAAAGGAUAUCUUAGAAUCAGAGAAUUGUGGAGUUGGAAGGCAUCCUCAGCUCCUUGAAAAAGAGGAGCAGAGGACUGUGAGGAGGAGGGAUCAUACAGCGACUUCUCUCAGGCCAGGAACCAUCGAUGGAAUCUUUAUCCUAGAGGAUGGCAGCCUGAAGAUAUAUAAUGUUACCAAAUCAGAUGCAGGUGUAUACACGUGCAUAGCAAUGAAUCAAUUUGGAGUUGCUAGGAACUCAGGGAACCUGAUUGUGAAAGAGAGGACUAUCAUUACUACUCCACCUUCCAAUAUGGACGUUACAGUUGGAGAAAGUGUAGUCCUGCCUUGUCAGGUAUCCAAAGAUCCAUCUAUCAAGGUUGCGUUUUCAUGGUCUUUCAAUGGAGAUGUUAUAGAUUUUAAAAGAAGAAUGAGUCAUUUUGAAAGAGCCGGAGGAGAAUCAGUAGGGGACCUUAUGAUAAGAAACAUUCAGUUAAAUCAUUCUGGGAAAUACAGAUGCACAGUACAAACAGCUAUGGACAACCUAUCUGAAACAGCAGAAAUUAUUGUAAGGGGCACUCCAGGUCCUCCUAAAGAUGUUAACAUUGAACAUGUUUCCAGUACAACGGCAGUGCUAAACUGGAGACAAGGAACAGAUAAUAAUAGUCCAAUCCAAAUAUACACUAUUCAGAUAAGGACCCCUUUUUCAGUUGGGUGGCAAGCAGCUUCAACAGUUCCUGAAGUUAUUAAUGGAAGGACCCACACGGCAACAGUGGUUGAUCUGAACCCUUGGGUUGAAUAUGAAUUUCGUGUUGUGGCUGGCAAUAGUAUUGGGAUUGGAGAGCCAAGCACACCAUCUGAGCUACUAAGAACUAAAGCAUCCAUUCCUACAGCGGCACCAGCAAAUGUGAGUGGAGGUGGAGGAAGCCGGUCUGAGCUCGUCAUAACAUGGGAGUCAGUUCCUGAGGAACUACAAUACGGGGAAGGUUUUGGCUAUAUUAUUAUGUUCCGGCCUCUGGGCUCUGCAAGCUGGACAAAGGCAGUGGUUGCCUCAGUGGAGGCAUCCAAAUACAUCUAUAGAAAUGAAAGCAUCACACCCUUAUUCCCUUUUGAAGUGAAAGUGGGAGUCUUCAAUCAUGAAGGAGUAGGCACAAUGAGCCCAAUAUAUAUUGUGUACUCUGGAGAAGACGAGCCACAGAUAGCACCAACUGGAACCAUUGUACAAAGUUUCUCAGCCUCAGAAAUAGAAGUCUCUUGGAAUCCUGUUGUGUGGAACAGACAUACUGGAAGGGUUCUUGGCUAUGAGGUCUUGUACUGGACGGACGACUCAAAGGAUUCUGCAACUGGCAAAGUCAGAGUCAACGGCAACAUCACGGCCAAAAAUAUCACCAGCCUCAGGGCCAAUACAAUGUAUUUUGCCACAGUGAGGGCUUUCAACACAGCUGGGACUGGACCAUCCAGUGUCCCAGUUAACGUCACUACAAAAAAAGCACCCCCAAGUCAACGCCCAGCCAACAUUGCCUGGAAACUGACAAAUUCGAAGAUAUGCUUGAACUGGGAGCAUGUGAAAACAAUGGAAAAUGAGUCUGAAGUACUAGGCUACAAAAUUCUGUAUAGGCAAAACCGACAAAGCACCACUCAUAUAUUGGAGACAAACAGUACAUCCGCUGAGCUGCUGGUACCUUUCGAAGAAGAUUAUCUCGUAGAAAUAAGAACUGUGAGCGAUGGAGGGGAAGGGAGCAGCAGUGAGGAAAUUAGGAUUCCAACCAUGUCCAGUUUAAGCUCCAGAGGGAUGUAUACCUGCGGCUCUGAAGAUUACAUAAUGACAACUAAGAUUAUGAUUCUGGUUUAUAUACUCAGCUCCUGAGUAUUUUGUUGAACGGAGCCAGCAAGCAGCCAUUGGACUUUUGAAAACAAAGCAGCCAUUGAUGGUCAGAGACUUUCCUCCCUUUCACAUAUUGGCACCUGUCAUCUCUGAAAAUGGAUUCUAUUGAGAAAGAUAAUGAAUUGCCCUUUAAAAUGUAAAUAUAAUUGAUUUCUUUCUCUUUUUUAAAAGCAUAUUUGUGUUUAAGAUGUCCCCAAAAUGAACAGAACAGAGCCAAAAUUGUAAAAAAGAAAGAAAGAAAAAGAAAGCUAGUUUGUAUUGCAGGGAUCUGUUGUGAAAAUCCAGUAUAUCUGUAUGAGUUGCAGAUGUACAAGAUAUCUACAACAACAAAACCCAGUGAUCAAUAUGAAAAAGGCUUGCAGUUGUUUGUGAUGUAUAACAUUAGCUGAUCUGUAUUUCUCACUUUGGUCUGUAAUGAAACACUGUUUACUGCAUUUUCAGAUUUAAUAAAAAAUAUUUCUUUACAAUUUUCCCCAUUUUUAUCAGUAUCUUGGACUAACUGAAGACUUCAUUCGUAGGAUGUGUAUAUUCUGAUUUAAAAUUUAAAAUGAAGAAGCCAUG